AUGACUUUACCCAGCAACCACUCCACUUCCCCAGUCUCUGAAUUCCUCCUCAUUUGUUUCCCCAAUUUCCAGAGUUGGCAGCACUGGCUGUCCCUGCCCCUCAGCCUCCUCUUCCUCCUGGCCAUGGGGGCCAAUGCCAUCCUCCUGAUCACCAUCUAUUUGGAGGCCUCCCUGCACCAGCCCCUGUACUACCUGCUCAGCCUCCUCUCCCUGCUGGACAUCGUGCUCUGCCUCACCGUCAUCCCUAAGGUCCUGGCCAUCUUCUGGUUUGACUUCAGGUCGAUCAGCUUCCCUGCCUGCUUCCUCCAGAUGUUCAUCAUGAACAGUUUCCUGGCUAUGGAGUCCUGUACAUUCAUGGUCAUGGCCUAUGACCGCUAUGUGGCCAUCUGUAAGCCACUACCAUACGCAUCUAUCAUCACUGAUCAAUUUGUGGCUAGGGCUGCCAUCUUUGUUGUGGCCAGGAAUGGCCUUCUUACUAUGCCUAUCCCCAUACUUUCUUCUCGACUGCGAUACUGUGCAGGACACAUUAUCAAGAACUGCAUCUGUACUAAUGUGUCUGUUUCCAGACUCUCUUGUGAUGACACCACCUUGAAUCAGCACUACCAGUUUGCCAUAGGUUGGACUCUUCUGGGCUCUGACCUCAUCCUCAUUGUUCUCUCUUACUUUUUAAUCUUGAAAACUGUGAUAAGGAUUAAGGCUGAGAGAGCUAUGGCCAAAGCUCUAGGUACUUGUGGUUCCCACUUCAUUCUUAUCCUUUUCUUCACCACAGUCCUGCUGGUUCUGCUCAUCACUAACCUGGCCAGGAAGAAAGUUUCUCCUGACGUCCCCAUCCUGCUCAACAUUCUGCACCACCUCAUUCCCCCAGCUCUGAACCCCAUUGUUUAUGGUGUGAGAACCAAGGAGAUCAAGCAGGGAAUCCAGAACCUGCUGAGGAGGUUGUAA